AUGGCUGCAGAGGUAGAAUCACUGGCUAGUUCGGUCCAAGAACUGUCCAUGAACCGCAAUGGACCUCCAUCAAGAUACCUCUUGAAGGAUGGUAUUGGAUUGAAUGGUGACUCUUCCUUUCCAGUGCUGGAUAUUCCAGUUAUUGAUCUUGGUCUGCUUGCUUCGUCUUCACCAGAGAGUGAAGAGCAACUUGACCGGCUCCGGUCUGCUCUCAGCUAUUGUGGUUACUUUCAGGCAAUAAAUCAUGGAGUUGAGAGUUCAUUUCUCGACCAAGUGCAUGAUCUUACCAGAGAAUUCUUUCAACUUCCAAUGGAAGAGAAGAAGAAAUACUCCAGAGAUGCAAAUGGCAUAGAUGGAUAUGGGAAUGAUGUAGUUUACUCAGAGAAGCAAACUCUUGAUUGGAAUGACCGUCUGUAUCUCAAUACUCUCCCCAUAGAAAUCAGAAAACUCGAAAAGUGGCCCAAAAAUCCUGAAAAGUUUAGUGAAAUGCUAUGUGAGUAUACUACAAAAUUACAAGGUAUAAAUGAGAUCAUCCUCAAGGGCAUAGCAAAGUCAUUGAACUUGGAAGAGAACUGUUUUGUGAAACAGUUUGGGAAAAAGCCAACAACUUUGGCAAGAUUUAACUUGUACCCUCCAUGCCCAACCCCUCAUCUUGUUCUUGCUGCAAAAGCACAUGGAGAUGCAUCAGGAACUACCUUUCUUCUGCAAGAUAGAGAAGUGGAAGGCCUUCAAUUCCUGAAAGAUGAUCAAUGGUACAGAGCUCCCAUAAUUCCUGAUGCUAUUGUCUUCAAUGUUGGUGAUCAACUUGAGAUAAUGACCAAUGGCAUAUACAAGAGCCCAAUCCACAGGGUUGUGACAAACAAAGAGAGAGAAAGGAUCACUGCUGCUUUUUUCUUUGCUCCUGAUCCAACAAGUGUGGUUGAACCGGCAGAAGGGCUGAUUGAUGAGAACAGGCCAAGGCGUUACAAGAAAAUUGUUGAUUACACUGCUAAUUAUUUUGAGUUCUUCCAGAAGGGCAUGAGGCCAAUUGAUGAUUUGAAAAUUUGA